UAAAAAGGGGGCGCGGGCGGCGGCGGCGCGGCGGGAGCGGAGCAGCGCGAGGACGAUGCGGGCGACGAUGAGCGGGGGGCAGCGCUCGGGCCGGGGCCGCGGGGAGCCGGGGCCGCCCAGGAAGGCAUCCAGGAGAAAGUGCAUCCUUGUCGGCCACCACACCUGAGAGCAGCCCCGCGCUGGCCUGGAGGUGACAAUGGCAGCCGAGGGGCUGCCUGCGGGGACACCUGCUGGCGCCCUGCCCAGCUGGGAGCUGGAGGCCUGGUACCAGGACCUGCAGGAGGUGCUGGCAGCAGCGGAGCCCAGUGGGCCCUCUACACCCUGGGGGGCUGAACAGGCUCCGCUGUGGGGCACGGAGGGGGCCGCCGGUGGGGGGCCGGAGGGCUGCGAGCUGGAUGCUGCCCUGGCUGCGGAGCUGCUGGAGCUGCUGGGACCAGAAAGCACAGCGGGCACGCAGCCAGCAGGACCCCCGGGCUUGGCCUCCAGCAGCAGCCCCCCGCCCCGGCCAGCUGCGGAGGAGGAUGAGGCGGGGGCAGGCACGGGGCGUGGGGUGAAAAGGAAGAGGUGCGGUGGCCCAGCGGCCAGCAGGGAGCUGGCGAAGAGCCGGGAGCGGGCCAACGAGCAGCGGGUGCUGGAGCUGACGGCCCACAACGAGCAGCUGCGGGAGGAGAUCCGGCGGCUCAGCGCUGAGGUGGAGCGUACGAGGGCGGCCCUCAUCGACCGCAUCGUCAACAUCCGCCGCAAUUAGCACCACCACGGCCCCCGUGGACCUGGGGGGCAGCCAUGAACUGGAGGGGCAAUGCCCCGCCGGCACAGACUGAUGCCGUGGGGAGGGCACUGCUUCCAUACGCCAUUGUAUAGCUUUUGCAUUUUAUUACAUGCACGUAACCGCCCGCCA